CAUUCGCCCCCUCUGGGAUUCCACCAAUCGGUAAGAACCCGCUGAACAGCAGGCCGAACGUGAACAACCGUGAACGUAACGCGAGUGCCCGGACGUAAUAAAAUAUCGGUCUGUUUUAUUUUGACAAGAGUUUUUUGUUGCGUGCGUCUAGUUUAUCAGUGUUAAUAAUCCCCGAGUGAUAAUAGUGACGUAACUUCGCGCGGUGUGGUCCUUAAAAGUUUUAAACGUUAGUGUAGGGUGGUUGUUUUAUGGGGUAACAAAAUAAGUAAAAAUCUUAGUCGGGUGUUUGUAAGUGAGUAACGUUGUAAUGGAGGUGUUGGCGCAUUGUCCUCUGUGCGGUGAGGAGGACAUGCCCAUGCGUUAUGUUCGUGGAUGUGACUAAAAAUCGCCGAGUGAUAUUAUUAAAGGGUGCUAAGGGGGAAAUGACGGGGAUUGAAAUGGGCAGUUGUAACAGCGCUCUCACAUACAAUAAAUAAAUACGACAGCCGAUAGUAUGAUCGUCGGCAGUUCGCCCCGGUUUAUACCUGAGUGACACCGAGCGGCCAUUAACUUUUCACCGUAUACAUACACCAAUAACCCCCGUCGUACACCUUCGAUAUUCACAGUUUAUAAUUCGGUUAAACAAUUUAGUUAUUACCCACAAGUUCCACCUUCGUAAAUCACACCUAUACCCAACCGGUCGUAGACACCUUCCCACAACGACCACGACCACCGAUACAAAUACAUCUACACCCCACCUACUGCUACACCUAUUCAUAAAUAACAGAAAUUCUAGCCACUGUGUUUUUUCCACUGGGUCCUGGUGAGCCCCGCCACUCUCUUAUUUGGCCUAGUGAUUAAGGGUCUAAAGAUAAAAUGCAGAAGCGUGAGGGUCGUGACCCAAGGGCCGACAAGGAAAUUACCCGAGGUAGUGAACGUGACCGGGAUCAGGACGCUGCCAAGAGGACGAUUAGGGGUAGUGGGAACGCGGUUGCCCGUGCUAAUAUGCAUGCUUCAAGGCACAGCGUUACAUCUUCCUCCGGUGUAUUGAUGGUCGGACCAAAUUUCCGUGUAGGCAAAAAAAUUGGCUGUGGAAACUUUGGCGAACUAAGACUUGGCAAGAACCUAUACAACAACGAGCAUGUGGCCAUAAAAAUGGAACCAAUGAAGUCGAAGGCGCCGCAGCUUCACUUAGAAUAUAGGUUUUACAAAUUAUUAGGGACACAUGUUCAUAACACUCAUAUAGAGGGUGUCCCGGAAGUGUUCUACUUUGGGCCUUGUGGAAAGUACAAUGCGCUGGUGAUGGAAUUGCUCGGCCCAAGCCUGGAAGAUCUAUUCGACCUCUGCGGAAGAAGAUUUUCAUUAAAGACCGUCCUUAUCAUUGCCACGCAGCUUCUUCAUAGGAUAGAGUACGUUCAUAGCAGGCACUUAAUUUACCGUGAUGUAAAACCUGAGAAUUUCCUCAUCGGGAGGAGUACGACCAAAAGAGAAAAGACAAUUCAUAUUAUAGAUUUUGGAUUAGCCAAAGAAUAUAUAGACUUGGAGACAAACAAACACAUACCUUAUCGGGAACACAAAAGCCUGACGGGUACCGCGCGUUAUAUGAGCAUCAACACUCACCUCGGAAAAGAACAGAGCAGAAGGGACGAUCUGGAAGCACUGGGACAUAUGUUCAUGUACUUUCUACGAGGUAGUUUGCCAUGGCAGGGACUUAAAGCGGAUACGUUGAAAGAACGUUAUCAAAAAAUUGGGGACACGAAACGUGCAACACCCAUAGAAGCUCUGUGCGACGGUCACCCAGAGGAGAUGGCCACGUACUUGAGAUACGUGAGAAGAUUAGACUUUUUUGAAACACCGGAUUACGAGCACCUCAGGAAAUUAUUUCUAGACCUUUUCGACAGAAGAGGAUUUGUUAACGACGGAGAAUUUGACUGGACGGGGAAGACCAUGUCAACACCAGUUGGAUCAUUGCAGACUGGACAUGAAAUUGUUGUGUCACCUAACCGAGACCGGCAUCCCACCACAAAUAAGGGUGUGACGGGUGUAGGGGUGGGUGGCGGGGGCGGUAAAGGGGUGGGCGCUGUGUGGCCCGACACAGUGAAGCAGUCGGGAGCUGGUGGUACUUUAACGCCUGCGGAUAGACAUGGCUCUGUUCAGAUCCAUACCCACCUUUGUCUCAAUCCCGCUCCCAAAACAAGGCAGAAUGUCCAAUGCUUGUUUCAAAAAUUGUCCGAAAUGCCCAAAGUAAUGGUUGUGUCUUCGACAAACGGGGAACUGGCAAAUGACGAUCCGACCGCCGGGCAUUCAAACACUCCGAUAACAGCACCUCAGGAAGUUGAGAUGGUGGAUGAGACCAAUGUUUGCUUCAUUUCCAGAUGCUGUUGCUUCUUCAAACGAAAGAAGAAGAAGAGUGCUCGACAGAAAUGACUGUCUAUGGCUGUUGGGAUUGGGGGGACUGUUCAGUGCGCAGGGGUUAGUGUUGGUGGAAAUGGAGCUAACGGUGGUCAACGUGAAACUGUUACCCUACUAAGACCGGAUUGGCGAUGCUCCGCAUCGCGAGACUCCAUACUUCAUACAACCACAACCACCACGCCUACACCUACGCCACCUCCGUUGUAAAACUAAGUGAUUAUUACCAUUAUUAUUAUUAUUAUUAUUAUUAUUAUUAUUAUUAUUAUUAUUAUUAUUACUAUUAUUAUCAUCGUCAUUAUCAUUAUUAUUAUCAUCAUCGUCAUCGUUAAUAUUAUUAGAAUUAUUCUUAUUAUUGUCGUCAUUGUCAUCAUCGUCGUCGUCAUCACCAUUGUUAUUAUUAUUAUAGCUGUUGUUGUUGUUGUUGUUGUUUGACUGAUGGUAUUAGUCAAGAGACAUCCACAUCAUCGUUCGUCCUUAUUGAAUUAUCUUUUCUUUUUCUUUUUCAUUCUCUUUUUUUCUUUUUUCUUUUCAUCUAGCUACCGUAACGUUUCGAUGAAGAAGAGAUAAGAUCAAGUGAUAAAUUAUCGAGAGAGAGAGAGAGAAAUAAAUAAAUUUAGCGUAAUUUCGUUCAUCGAUAAUUUUCAUUUUCGAUCAAUUAGUUGACAUGGGUACGCAUAAUAUCGAAAAAGUAAAGCAAAAGGGAUAAAAAAAAUUAAAAUACAAGUGAAAAUAAUAAUAACAAAUAAUGUUACAGAAUUUUAAUCACUCGUGUGCUACCUGUUUUAAUGUGAUUCUUGUCAGAGGUUUUUAAUCAUGAUUAUUAUCAUUGUCAUUAUUAUUAUUAUUUUUAUUAUCAUCAUUAUUGUCAUUAGCAUUAUUACUAUCAUCAUCGUCAUUAUCAUCGUACAAAUAAACGACUUUCUAUACAAAUAUACGAUAUACACAUAUGUAUAUAGUAUAGGUAUAGGUAACCUAUAGAGUAAAACAAUUUUCUCGGAUCAAUGAUACGAUCACGAUGAGAUAAUGUCAACUGAUUAUUUCAUCAUUAUUUUCAUUAUUAUUAUCAUUAUUAUUGUCAUCAUCGUGAGAUCGGUGAUCUUUUUUUGCCCGUUUCUCAACGGUUGUUGCUCCUUUAAUUUUUUCUGCUUUUAUCUGGUACCAGGAGUUAAUUUCCUAGGAGAAAAUAGAGAAAGUUCCACGUGAAAAAGAGAUUAUUUAAAAUUAAUUGUUUAUAAAAUAUUAAGAAAAGAGGCAAGAAAAGGUGAAACGCUAUCAGGUGAUGUCGCUUGAAAUCAAGAACGCGAACAAAGAAACGAGAAGCAAAACGAAAAUAAAAAAGAAAAGAAAGAAAGAAAAAAAAAAUUAAGUAGAAAUAAAUAUGUAUACAUACAUGUGUACGUACGUAUGUAUAUAUCUGUAAUCGGAUGAUGAAAAAAAGCAUUUUCUGAUUCAGUGAUGAAAACUAGAGGAGAAUAAAAGAAGGAAAUCAAGAGAAAUUUUGAGAUCGUUUACUGAUCGAUUUGUAGUAUAAAAAAAAGAAAGAAUAACAUAAAAAAAAGAAACGAAAAAAUAUGUAUUACGUUUUUAGCCUGCUUUUUUCAUUAUUACUACUAUUACUACUACUACUACUAAUGCUAUUACUACUACUACUAAUACUACUGCUAUUAUUACUACUACUGCUAGUACUACACCAACGUUGCUAUGUUAUAAUGAUGAUGAAAAAUGGGGAGAAAUGAGAGGAAGAAAACAAGAGCAAACAAAGAAAUAAUGAAACAAGAAAGAAAGAAAAUUAUUAUUAACGUAGUUUUGUCAGUAGUAAUAGUUAUAUACCCUGUAAUGAAAUAUGUUAGUAUAUCAAUUCCCGAAACAAAAACGAAAAACAAACAGUUUAUACGUAUAAAAAAUAAGGUUGUUGAAAACUCUGGAUUUGAUGAAAGCAUUCAAUGGCUAAGCCGGCCUUAGUUUAUCGUAAUUAUAAUAAUAACAAUAAUAAUAUUAAUAAUAACGAAUAAACAAUUAUAUUAUCAAUAAUAUCAACGAUACGAUAAUUUUUAUUUUUAACGAAUUGAAAGAAAAAAGAAUUUAUUACUAAGAAAAUCACGUGAAAACGAAGAAAUUAUUUUUCGUCGUACGCACUUCUUGCUUUUAGAUGAAAAAUUAAUUCGAAGUUUGAAAAAAGAACACACGAACACAGGAUAUAGACACAGGCAAACUCAAACUUUCACCGGUGUGGCUGGUGAUUUUUUAUUUGUUUUUAUUAUAAUUUUAACCGCACCAUUUUUUUAUUCUAUUUUCCUUAUCUAUUUAUUUCAUCUUUCUUUCAUCUACAUGAAAGGACUGACCGACGCGAAUAAAAUAACAAAAAAAAAAAACGAAUAGAUAAUAAUUUGACAAAAAUUAAAUAGCAAAAAAUCAUUUCAGCGAUUAAAAUAUAUACUUCCAUCGUAUAUAUCUCAUCAUCAUCGAUUAGUUUCCUCGACAAUCAUUGACCUCGACAUUAUUUCGAAGAAAAACCCGGUAAAAAAAUCAUCGGCUUUCAAAUGAUAUUAACGUAAAAAAAAAAUAGAUAAGUAAAUUUGAAAGAAAAAAAUUUUUUUAAAAAUGGAAGGGGAAAAACAGUAAAAAAAAAGGAGAGCUAAGAAUUAGUAAUAUUACAGUAAUCGUUUAUACGAGUUAAGUAUAAUAACCGAGUGACCAAAAUUUCUAGGUAAAUUAAUCCAAAUCUCGUGGAUAGAUAGAAGAAAAUGAAAACACAUCAUACACACACAAACACCAAAACAAAUUAUAUAUGUAUAUAGGUAUAUGUAUAUCCCAUUUUCGAUGAUUGUACGAAAACAAUAACGUACGCAUUCAACUGUAUUGAUAUUCGUGCUCGAUAAUUAGUUUGUUUAUUUAUUCACGUCAAUAUUUAUUUAUAUUUAUUCAAUUCACAUCAUUGCGAAUGUAAUUGUUUUAUUUUUAUUAUUUUCAUUCUCUUUCAUUUUUUACUUUCCUUCUCCGAUUUUUUUUUUUUUUUCUCUUAACACAUCCAAACGGCGAACUACUCCUAUGCAUUCCAUUAUAGAUAAGUUAUCCAAUAUAUGUGUGUGUAACGAUUUUCUAUAUCGUCGAGUCAAGUGCCUGAUCAUAUUGAUUUUUAAAAAUUUUCAAAUUGUUCAAUUUUCACCCCUGUUCUUCGACCAACAAAAUGAUUUGAAACCAAAAAAAAACCAAAGUAACUAACAAUUCAUAUCCAGCCAUUUGAUAACUACUCUCCUUCCUCCCCACCCCCUGUAAUUGACCGUACUGACACGGGAAAAAUGUAAAAUGUAUUUCUUAUUAAAAAAACAAAUAUUGAAAAAUAAAUUAAAAAAAAUUGAAAAAAAUCGUGAAAGAAGGAAAGAAAGAAAAUUGAAAAACCGUAUAAGAUGAUGAAAAACAAAUUAAAUAGACACAAUCAUAGAUAUAUCUAUGAUACAAUAUACAUGAGUAUAGAUAUACCUGUUUAUCAAUUAUCGUUUCUAUUCUUUGGGGAUUUGAGCGAGCCGAUGGAGAAAAUUUGGCGAAAGAAAAAUUCGCAAACAGAAAACCAACAGAGAAGAGAAAUAGGAAAAAACUCGUUUUUUUUUUAUUCUUUCUUUCUCUUUUCUCUCUCUCUUUAUUUCUCAUCUCUCUCUCUAUUUCUCUCUAUCUACACACAGAAGAAUUAAUUUUCUUUUCUUUCUUUAUUUAUUUUUUUCUCUUGAAUUUUACGAACACAGAUAUCAUCGUCAUCAUCCUCUAAUCAUUCGUGUUUUUGGCGAUAUGAAAAUAUUCAAACAAUAAUAAUAACAAUAAAAAAAAUAAUAAUAACAACAACAUUAUAAAAAAAAAAAAAAUCCACUAAUAAACGAAUAUACCAAGUUACUGCGGGUCGGGAAUGGUUGUGAAUCCAAUUAUACUUAUUAAUAUUAAUAUCACGUUAUUGUUAUUGUUGUUGUUGUUGUUAUUAUUAAUAUUAUUAUUGUCGUUAUCAUUCACACCUACUUUCCAUAUGUACGAUUGCGUCGCCCAAAUGCAGAAGAAAGGAAAUCAAAACGAGAGAAAAAAUACGAUUCAUUGAAAUUAUUGCAUCUACCCUACAGUAUAUAUGUAUGAUAAUUAGAUUAUUGAUAUCAAAUAUAUAUAUAUAGAGAGAGAGAGAGAGAGUUAAUCGAUUUGUACGUAUAGUUGUACGAAAGCGAAACGAAACUAGAGAAGAGAAGAAAAUGAACCAGAAAAAGAAAAAAAUAUCAAUUACACAAAUAUUCUCAAUUCGCAUAUCGAAACGAGAAAUGAAAACGAAAGAAAAAAAUAAUAAAAAAACCUCCGUUAGAAAUUGCAAUACUUUUCGUUAAGUCGAAAACAAAAAUAGAAAAUGGAAAAUCAAAUAGAAAACCAAGAAAAAAAAGGGUGAAAAAAGAAAUACUCAUCUUGCUCCGUCGAACUGUAUUUUGUAUUAUAGUAUACGCUCUCGACAGUAUUAUGAAAACAAUUAAAGAAUAAUUUUCGUUAUCUUCGUUUCUCUUGCAUCGUAAAAUUUCAUAUGCUAUCAGGGAAAAGAGGAAAAAAAAAAAAAAUUGUUCACUAACGAAUCGUCAAGACGCACAUCUGCCGCGGUGCAGUGUAGAAACUAUUGGGGACAAUAUUUGUUAAGAGAUAAAAGCAAAUGCGAAUUACGGCGAUGAAGAUAACAACGAUAAUAAUGAUGAUGAUAUUCAUACGAACAAUUAUGUUAACAACAACAGCAACAACAACAAUAAUUAUAAUAAUCAUAACAAUGACGACGGUCGAUUUACUCGAAGAGUCGGUUGCGCCUUGCUUGAGCAAAAGGAAAAAUGUUUUUUUUUCCUUUUUCCUUUUCUCUUUGUUUUUUCUUCUCUUUUCGCAUACCACUCGCGGUGUCGCGUGGAAAGGAAUGUUUUUGGGUAUUGACAAAACGAAAGUGAGUCACUUGGAAGAGCGCCGAGUGAAACCAACAAAAAAGGAGAAAAGAAAAGAAAAGUCGAAAAGUAAACACAACUUGGGGUAGAAAAAAAUUUUGUACAAUAAUAUUAUUGAUAAUAGUAAUAAUAAUAAUAUUAUUAAUAAUAAUAAUAAACAGUAAUAUUAAUAAUAAUAAUAAUGAUUACAUGGAUAUAAAGAUUAAGUAUUCGAUAAAACUGAAUUUACGUUUUGUAUUUUUAUCGCUAGGAGUUUCGUUUGAUUUCUAUUUUAUUUUUUUCAUUUUUUUUUCUCGUUAUGUUCCGUUUUUCGUUUCGUUUCGUUUCUUGUUCGGUAUAGCGCGUGCAUGGUAUGGUUUUGGUGUAAAAUUUUCGUCCCGAAUUUUGUUGUUGUUGUUGUUUAUUUUUCUUUUAAUCCUAAUCUCGACGCGUUUCGUAUAGACAGCCGAUAUUACCGUGACCCUAUGGAAGAAAAAUUUGAGGAGAGAAAGAAAAGAAAAAUGAAAAUAGAAAAUCUUCGAAGUCAGAUGUAUAAUGGCAGCUCGGAUUUGUUUUUUAUUAAUAAUGUGAUUAUGAAAAUGAUUAAUUGAAAAUCAAUAAUCAUUAAAGUAAUGGAACAAACGCGGGGGGGGGGGGGGGACGACCCAAAAAGCAACAAAACGAAACAAAGCCAAACAAAUCAGAUGUAAACUAAUUACGAUGGUAAUAAUGACAGUAAUAAAAGUAAUGAACCAAAAUUUCAUUUUCAAAAAACCAAAUAGAAAAAAAAAACACACACACACACAACAACAACAACGACAACAAAGUGAAAUAGUGCUGCUAAACGAAAAUAUCCGAAGACUUUCGUUAUGUGAUAAAAAGAAAAACAAAAAGAAAAAAUAGUAAAAGUAAAAGAAAAAUGAAAAAUAAUAUUAGAAAUAAGAAUCGAAAAAUCGAUGUGUUACCAUCAUCUCGAUAAAAGAAAAGUCUUCGGGUAAGUCGAUUGAUUUUGAAAGUUUGAAAUGAAAAUGUUUUUUUUCUUUUUUCUUCUUUUUUUCUUCUUCAUUAAUAUUAUGGUAAAUAGAAUUAGUUAUAAACAAUUAAAUUGAAGAGAGAAAGAAAGAAAGAAAGAAAGAAAGAUGAGGCGAUAGAAUGAAAUUGUGAAAUAUAUGUGACAAAGAAAAUUGUUGCGACGAUACUAUUAUAUCCCUGAAAUGCUUUCAUUAAUUAAUAGUAGAAUUGUAACGAUAUAGGAGGGUUGAAAAGCUAGGGAGAAACAAAAAUAUAAUUAUACGUAUAUAAAUAGUGUGCCCGGGGAGGAAAAAUGAAGUGAUGGAAUAAAUAACGAAAGCGAAGUUUAUUCGGAAACGAUAAUUUAUCUGCUCGGAUGAUUUUCAAAAGUUAAUCAAUGACUUGUGGGUGGGUCGAAUUGUAAAUAUCGAAACAAACAAAAAAAAGAAAAAAAAAAAAAAAAAACGAUAACAUUGAAAGCGAAUAUUGAUUGAUCGAUCGAAAUAUUGAAAACAAGUGUAUUUAGUUUUCUUAUUUGUUAGUAAGACGUAUUAGGUUGUUUUCACCUUAACGAACUAUUAGUUAUUAUUAUUAUUAUUAUUAUUGCUAUAAUAAUAAUUAUUUUUAUCGUUAACUAAUUACAUCAUAUAUUAUCGAAAUGAUAAUCAUUGAUCAUGAUUUAUAUAUGAUGAAAAUAAAAAAUUAGAAAAAAAAUUAAAAUAACUCAUGAGAACAGUGGCAGUAUAUACAUAUAUAUCUAUAAAAAUCGAUCUCUCCAAAGAUUGGAUUAAAUUAUAUCCAGCGGUACGUGCCGCGGGGAGGGAAGGGAGGGAAGGGUUUUUAAAAAAGAAAAAAAAAAAAAAAAUCUAACUAACUGAGAACCAAGAUAAAAUGUUGAUCGUUAAUUUUUCAUUUAUAAAUGUGACCGUCGUCGUCGAUUCAGUGUUUUAGAUUUAAUUAAUUACUAUCACUUGUAUAUUGUUAUUAUUGCCAAUUCAUUACAAUUAUAGGUACGUACCUAACAUCCAUUUCAUUUAAUUGUUAUCCGAUAUGUUCAAUUUAUAAAACGUGCGUUUUAACGCUUUUUUUUCUCUCUCUUUCUUUCAAAUAUUCUAUUUCAAUCGAUCAUCGCGUACAUCAGAUACGUGUGAUACGCAAAGCCGAGAUGAUCUAUACACGUAUAUUAUGUGACUCGGAACGAAAAACUCGAGAAAAAAUAAAAAGAAAAAGAUAAAAAUUAAGGAGACUAGAAACACAUCUUCGAUCAUCCUUUGAAAUCGCGUCGUUAUAGAUUAGCUAAGUUUUUCUUAUACCUCUGUACUCUCUAUACAUAUAUGUAUAUUUAAAAAUUAACGUCGAGAUCGAAUAUUGAUAUCGAUAAAUGUAUACAAAAAAAGAAAAAGAAAAAAAAACGAGCACAGACAAAGGUGAGAUGGGGAAUAAUUAAUACAAAUCAACAUAAAAUACAAGG